AUGGCUGAGCUAGGAGAACAGCCAGCUCACAUUGGUGUGGCCACUUUCUUGCAGCUCUUAGAGUGCAAGUUAAACCUCAACAUUAGGUUUACCUUCAAAUUUGAUCGAAUAUACUCUGAGAUGGUCAAAACUAAUUUUAGAUAUGUCAACACAGAAAAAGAAAGUGAGUCCUGCUUUGCCCAACCCAAACCACGUACACUAGGAAAAGGAUCUACUCUUUAUGGCAAGGUACAAAAGGAAAGUCCUUCCCCCCUCGAGAAGCUCAAGAUUUCAGCAGUGUCUACAGCUAAUGGUGUUAAAUCCCUCCAUGAACAGCCCCCAGCAAACGAUGCUGCAGAUCCACCAGGAUCCACAGAGGAGACUCAGCCUAUAGACAGACCUGAGGAGUCUGGGCCGCCUCAGCCAGGUGGUGAAGAUGAUGCUCCAGGUACAGGAGAAAAGAAGAAAGACAUGGGAGCAAUGACAGAGGCUCAGCAUUUAAAAGGAAAUGCUGAGACUGAAUCUGUAGAAACAGACACCAAGUACCAGCCUUUGAGGACCACAGGAGAGAGGGACUCUCCGGGAGCAGUGGACGGUAGUGAGAAUCCACAAACUGCCAGAGAGAUGAAACCUCUAGGAACAGCUGAGAAAAUCCCUCCUCUGGAAGCAGCUAGAAAGCCACAACCUCAAGAAGCCAUGGGAAAGGGUGAACAGACCCAACUCCCAGAAACAGUUCCCAAGGAGAAUGAAUCUCCAGAAGUAUUGGAAGGAAGUCAGUUUGUGGAAACAGCUGAAGAGUGGCAACUUCAAGAAACAUUGGGAGAAGAUGAGGAGUCCCAACCUCUCGAAACCAUUCCCAAAGAGAAUGAAACACUGGAAGUAUUGGAAGGAAGUCAGUUUGUGGGAACAGCUGUAAACAAUUAUUUGCUCCAUAAAACUCCUGAAGGUCCCGGAAGCAUGGAGCAGAUUCAACCUGAAGGAAUAAUAGUUGGAAGCAUGGAGCAUCCAGCAGGAAUUCUAGAAAUAGGAGCAAAUACCGAAAUGGUCAGGAAAAAUCACACUAAUGAAGAGGACCAACACAUUGAAGGUGAGACAGGAGAAAAGGUUGAAGCAGAGAUGGAGAAUGACAAAGGAAGUGAAGGGCCUGGAACAAAAGAAGAAGAAACAGGGGAAGCUGUGGAUCUUUCAGCGGCCACAUAGAUUGGCAUGGUUGUAGAAGGAUGAAUGGACAUUGUGUUGUAACAGAGAAAAAUAGAGUGAAGUGUGUGGGUACAGAUCUUAUCUUUCAGUGUCUACGUAUUUUAUACGAAGAGUGUGGUUAUCAUGUUCUUGAUUACAUUGUUCCAUAAAACCACUAAGCUAUAAACAGUUUUCUUAGGCACUUAGAAUAGUAAUACAUUUGGGGCGCCUGGGUGGCUCAGUCGUUAAGCGUCUGCCUUCGGCUCAGGUCAUGAUCCCAGGGUCCUGGGAUCGAGCCCCACAUCGGGCUCUCUGCUCUGCGGGAAGCCUGCUUCUCCCUCUCCCACUCCCCCUGCUGGUGUUCCUGCUCUCACUAUGUCUCUCUCUGUCAAAUAAAUAAAUAAAAUCUUUAAAAAAAAAAAAAAGAAUAGUAAUACAUUCAAGCUUACAGCUGCCACAGCCAAUAACAAGUAGGGUAUAGGAUCCCCGGAGGGUGAGGGUGUUUUCUUCAUUGUGGUAAUAGGUCUAUUCAGUUUAGAAAAUGAGACCCUAAAAAGAAGGUAUAAACCUUAGAUAUAGGUGGUUGGAGAAAAGAGUUAGCACAUUUUAGGGAGCUCAUGAUGGUAAGGUUACACAGUUAUAAUUACAAUGGGAUAAGAAUGAACAACAGUGUCAGGGCAAACUAUACCUAGUGUUUCUUUCCUGUUGCGGAAUUUAAAGCUGGUAGGAACCUUGGAAAGUGUGUCCAUCUAGUUACUUUCUCACCUUGAAUCUGUCUACUGCCGUAGACUCUUAUUUAUCAUGAUGUGUUAAAUGUGUUAACAAAAUCCUUGUCAAAGGAAUGCAAUCUCUGGUGCUACUGCAAGAUCAGGCGUUUCUAUACUGAAAGGCUAUACAUUUUCCCUGUGCCAUUUUGAAUUAGCUGUUGAUUUUGCACUUACGUGAUGGGUUUCAAUUGGUGUUAUCCUUUUGACUGACAUUAAACAUAUUUUAAAUAAAUUGACUUUUGGGGCGCCUGGGUGGCUCAGUCGUUAAGCCUCUGCUUUCAGCUCAGGUCAUGAGCUCAGGGUCCUGGGAUCGAGCCCCACAUCGGGCUCCCUGCUCAGCAGGAAGCCUGCUUCUCCCUCUCCCACUUCCCCUACUUGUGUUCCUGCUCUCGCUGUGUCUCUCUCUCUCAAAUAAAUAAAUAAAAUCUUUUAAAAAAAAUAAAUUGACUUUUAAAUGUAUUUCAGAGGCAACAAACAAUAAGAAUUAAAACCUAGAUUAGUGAGGCGCCUGGGUGGCUCAGUCGGUUCAGUGUCCUACUCUUGAUUUUGGCUCAGGUCAUGAUCUCAGGAUUGUAAGAUUGAGCCCUGCUUGGGGCUCUAGAUGCUGAGCUUAGAGUCUGCUUAAGAGUCUCUCUCUCUCCCUCUCCCCCUGCCCCUCCCCACCCCACCCCUGCACGUGCUCUGUGCAUGCUCUCUCUCUCUAAAAACAAACAAAACACCUAGAUUAGUUGCCUAUGUGAAGUUUAUUCCUUGGGUCCUGUUUUUGGUUUUGUUGUUUGUUUUUAAUUUACUGUGGUUUAAUGUUAGGCUCUAGAAGCAGAAAGAAGCUAAGAAAUUAGAAUUUAAAAACCAUUUAUAAUAUUUCAUUAAUGUUAAAAUGAUGCACCACUGAAAGUUACUUUUUAAAAAUUCUUCCAAAAUUGCCAAGGAUUUUGGUGCACAGUUUGGUGAAACUGUGCGUUCUGUUUCGAAGUGCUCACUCUGAGCAGAGAUAAUCAGUUUUGCCCCAGAUUCAAAACACAGAAGUUGGACAAAAGCCUUGAGCUGUUUGUAAUGAAUUAAUAGAGAAACUAUCAUUGGGGGUGGAUUCUCUCAUCCUGGGAUGCUAUAUAUAGUCCCAGGAUUGUAGCCCCGUUUGUGUUCUACUAAGAUCAUUUCAGUGUUUUCUACAAAUAAGUGGGAGGGAAAUGGUGAACAAAUGAUUUGCCAGCUAGCAACCCCAGUAGGGAGUGAAUGUUUGCAUUUACCAACAGAGGGUGCCAGUUGGAAAGCGAAGAAACUCACAGUCUGACUCCGGAACUCUUGGCCAGAAGUGCCGUGUAGCCAGUCCCCCGGGGGACCCACAGGACAGGAGUAUGUGGUCAACCUGUGAUCUUGCUGCCUUUUCCAUUUUAAUUUUGGAGCAAGAACUCCUAACCUAGCUUGGAGCAGUCAAAACACCCAUAUCCCUCUUAAAUGCUUUGUUCCACACUUGGCCUUGAAUUAAGAAUAAGAAUGGCUUUAAAAGGAAAUGUUUUUUCCACAUUUAACUAAUCCAAGAGCAUUGGAUAGUCAUGGCCAAAUAACCUUGAUAGGGUUUGUAUCUGUGCUCUUUAGGAAACUACAAAAGCUUAUUAGAGCACCUAACAUUACAAACAUCUCAUUUUUAUAAAGAUGAUUUGGUGACCAGUUGUGAAUUGUUUCACAAAUGCCAGCAAUGUGGACAUCAUAAAGCCAUUCAUUAGCUCACCCACAUUUGUAAGGUAAAGGGAGAAUGAUCCUCUUCUUUUUCUCUCCCCACACCAAAUAGCCAGGCAUGGCUGUGUCUGAAAAGUCGAAAGCAUUUGCUCACAAGAUAUCAUUUAAUCUAAAACUCUGUCAGCUCCUCUCUUCCUCAGAGUUUAUAAAGUUAAUGAGCAUUUGGUUAUACUCGCAAGGUUUUAAUUACAGAAACAGAAUCAGUGUAAUCCUAGAGAGCAUCUCACAGGGAUGGGAUUUCUCUUUUCAGUUGUUACUAUCAACAAAAGCUAGGGAACUCCCUGGGAUUACUAAUCCAUGUAGAAUCAAAUUGGAGGCCAUUAGCUUUAUUUCAGUAAUACCACUCAGCAAAUUUAUUAGGCAGUAUAUGAGCUAUUGUAACUUCACACCUGUAUCAUUAUUUCUGUGGCUAAUGAAAGAAGUCUCCAGACAUCAAAGGCAGGCUUUAAUGCCUUUUGAAGGUAGAAGAAGGGUACCCCUUCAGUUUAAUAAUGUGCUAUAUCAACAUGACUAAACAUGCUCUUUCUACCCACUACUGGGGAGAGAGAUCAGCAAGCCUCACCAGUUUCCACAAAAAGAGUUCUGAGAAACCAGUUAGCGAUACUAAUUUUUUUAAAAUUGAAGUAUAGUUGACAAACAUAGGGAUGUUAACUUUGGUUUGAAAUCUGCCUCAUUUUUUCUUCUUGUAGAAUAUAGGUGGUUCUCAAAAUUUUCUUAAUAAAAGUAACUAGCAAAAUAUCAUUCGUGCUAUUAUAUAAAUUUAUGAAAAAAGUAAUGCAUAUUAUAUUGAGUUGAUUUAUGCAACCCUGAUUCCAAACACUUAAAAAGAAUUAUUCAAGGACAAGAACAGACACUUUCUAUGGCAGCUGAACUGUUGGAGAGGGGCUUUGGGUUGGGAGGAGUUUCAGCCCCAGUGCCAAGUAAGAAGUCACAAGGCCCACAAGGUGACAAGUCACAAGGUGACUUUUCUGACCUUCACCACACUCCCAACAGUUCAGUGAGGGGACAUACUAACAAUUUAUUUAAACUAUAGAUAGUAGGUAUUUAGUGGAUCAGUACAGACGUGCUUCAUGUGUUCUGGAUAUUCAAGUUUUGUUAAAAAAGUGUUUUAGGUAAAAACACUGGCAUUGUCUAGGUACUUGAAUGUGACAUAGUGAUCAUUUAGGUGAUAAUUACAAGGAAGGAUUUAUUAUUAAAAUAAUCACUUUUUUCUUAGUAUGAAACGAAUACAUGUUCAUGGUAGAAAUCAGAAAAUAUAAACUUUAAGAGAUGAAAUCUAAAUGUUACACAUAACUGGUUGGGAGGGCUUCUUUUUCCUUUUAGUGUUACAAAGUUAGCCAAAGUUCAACUGUUAAUAGAGCUUUAAGUCUAUUGAACGGCUGAGUGCAGCAUUUCUGGGUUUUCCUCAUUGGACUCUAUGGGGGAUAACAGGUUUUAGAGAAUGUUCCAACAAUCCUUGCUAUGUUGGUAAAUAUUGAUUAGUGCUAUAGGGAGAGAAGCUGUGCCCAAGUAUAUUAGCACUUAGCUGACCACAAUUUAUGAUAAAUAAUUUUUUGGUAUCUUAGGGAAAAACACUGAGACUUAAUAUUUUAUUUGGAAUUACUUUUAAUACUAACUGCUAACCAAAUGUUAGAGAAAAGACUGUAAGCUCUUUAGUGGGCAGGGAAGACGCCCUACUGAGCCUAGUAUAAAUUUGGCACUCGGUAAAUAUUUGUUGAUGACCAAUGGUCUUUAUUCUUAUAUAAUCUUGAUAAUUUCCUCAGAACUGAAUAUUAAUUGGCUGUAGAGGAAAAUAUGGCCAAAAUUCUUAUAGAAUUAUUUUGUACUGCUGGUUCAAUAUUUACAAUUCUGAUUGAAUAUGUUAUUAGAAAUAAAGUGAAAGUU